UUGCGGAUGCGGAAUUUGGUGUUUAACUCUUUUUUUUUACAUAUUCCUCUGCUUUGUUUUCGUAACGUUUUAAAAUUCUACGUUUGUGUGUGUGUGUUUUUUUCUUCUUAAAAAUUUAUUUUGUUUUUGUAACUAGUGAGUUGUAUUUGCGUUACAAAAUAAAACCAACAACAAUUGAAAAAUUCUCGUGCGUUUGUAACUGAUUUUCGUACGCUGGUACUUUUAGUGCGUUCGUAGGCCUGCUAAACAACGCGUCUUGUAGCGCUUUUUUUUCGUACUUUGUUCAUUUAGACUUUAAUAAUUGUCAUCUUUAACAAUACCGCCUUAGGAAAUUAAUGUGUAAAAAUAAAACUACAAAAAGAAAAUUUAAGAAAAAAUAUAGAAAAUUAAAAAAAGUACCAAUUUAAACGUCCAAGUUUUACAAAGAAAAUAAACGUGUCGUAAUAAGGAAAAUUUUUAAAACAACAAUUUAUUACAAAAUUCUCUGCUUAGCAGUUUCCAGGAAAAAAUUAUUACAAAACUACAACAAAAAAAAAACUUACAAAACCCCUUUUUUUAAAAAAAUUAAGGGUUUUAAGGUUGAUCGAUUUUUAUAUAGAUUUCGAAACUGCAAACAAAAAUUAAACAAAAAUAUAAACCAAAAUGACCGACACAAUGAGUUCUGCCGGUCAGAUGGAUAUCUCGUUAAAAGAUAAUGGACUCAUUGUAGACAUGUCGACAACAGCCUCUUUACUACAUCACAAUACAUUAUCAGCACACGCUCAUGCUUUGCGCAGUCUGAAGGAACAUCAUCAACAGCAGCAACAACAACAGCAACUACAUCAUCAUCACAGUUCGGAAGAACAAUCCUCUUCGUCGUCCGAUAAUGGCGGCGACAAUAAGCCACAAUUGCAAAAUACACCCAUCACAGCCAAUGUUAGUAUAUCGCCCACAAAUCUAUCAACGAAUACCGCCAGUUCACCAUCGCUCACUACAUUCCGCUGCGAAAGCUGUGACAAUUUCGAAACGAGUUCAAGAGCCUCCCUGCUACUGCAUGUUGUACAGUGUUUAUCGAAUUCGGCCGCAGCCGCACGUCUCAAAAACGAAGAUGUUGAACCGGAAAAUUUACAGAAUCCAGCCAGUGCAGCAACGCCAACAAGUGCAUUAAAUGUGACCGAUAACAGUCACCCCAGUGUGGUAACAGCCAAUAGUGCGGUGGUUAGUGCCAUUGCCAAUGGUAGUGCCAGUAGUCCGGCCGCCAAUUCUUCGACUUCAUCACAGCCAGCCUCUCGUAAAGUAUUCGAAUGUGAUGUGUGCAAUAUGAAAUUUUCCAAUGGGGCAAAUAUGCGGCGCCAUAAAAUGAGACACACGGGUGUCAAGCCUUAUGAAUGCCGGGUGUGCCAAAAGAGAUUCUUCCGUAAAGAUCAUUUGGCUGAGCAUUUUACUACACACACGAAAACGCUGCCGUAUCAUUGUCCCAUUUGUAAUCGUGGUUUCCAGCGCCAAAUAGCCAUGAGAGCUCAUUUCCAAAAUGAACAUGUAGGUCAACAUGAUCUCGUCAAAACUUGCCCUCUAUGCAGUUAUCGAGCGGGUUCUAUGAAAUCCCUUAGAAUACAUUUUUUCAACAGACAUGGCAUUGAUUUGGAUAAUCCGGGACCGGGCGGUUCAUCGUCGCUGUUGCUCGCUCUGGAGUCACAGGCAUCACAAGUAGCUGCCGCCGCUGCUGCUGCCGGUUUUGUACCGACCGGCUUAAAUGCCGUAGCAGCAGCGGCAGCAGCUGCUGCCAAUGCAGUCAAUUCCAAUGCGGCCAUUGUCUCGGCCGCCGCCAACAGUAUGCCCAGCCACCAGAGCGACAGCGGCGAGUCGCUACGUUCCGUGGAGAAUGCUACACCACCCAUGCACUUCUUAACACCACAUGUGGAGAUCUCAACCUUGCCCGACAAUGGCCUCUCGGAUAACGCCAUAUUCAAUGUAAAGCAAACUUCCAAUAUUAAUGAUUCUCUUAAGUCUGUAGUAAAUUCAUUGACUUCCUCUACUUCAUUCUAUUCUCGUUCGUCCGUUGAGAAUGUGCUCUUAUGCGUUUUGCGUGCAUUUGAUUUGCAGGGUCACACCACAACAACCACAACAACAGCAUCAUCGGCCUCACCAACAUCGGCAUCCACUACCAUACACACGGCCGGAAGUACCACAACUGAGGGAGGCGGCGGUGGAGGGGGACCGAAGGAUCGUGAUACCAUAAUGCAGUCACCGGUACCGUUGACCAUUAGCAGUAUGCCACCACAGGAACAUCCCUUAGAUUGUAAUGCCAAAUCGUUGCCUUCAAGUACCAGUAGCAGUAGCAACAGCAGUGCGAGUGGACCUCUCUGUGGACCGAUGACAUCGGUAUCGCCAAAACAGCAUCAUCAUGAGAAUCAUAUAACACCCUCCAUUAGUCUAAUACCCAUCAAACAGGAGCCCCCUAGCGAAGAUUCUAUUAAAAAUAAUAUGAAUGGAGACGCCUUGAAUGGCGGAGACAGUAGUGAAUCCGAAUUCUCAGCACCCAAUAUGAGAUUGACAUCAUUGAUUAAGAUGCCACUUAUUUCUUAUGAACCCUUACAGGUAUCACCUCUAAAAUCUCUACUCAGAGAAGAUCUUAAACGGCGCAUUUGCGCCAAAGCUAAUAAUCGUAUUACCCGUAAUGCUGCCUCUAUGGAAAAUAAUAAUGUGAUACAAAGCAGUUUAACGCCCACAUGUGGAGCGGCCACUUCGUCUACGCCCAUCUGCAAUGGUACGAUUACCUCGACGGGACCCGAAAGUGAUUCGGGUGUAUUAAAUCGCAAACAAAUACUAACUUGCCUAUUCUGUGGCAUUGAAUUUCCCGAUGAAACGCUGUAUUUCCUGCACAAGGGCUGUCAUUGUGAGAGUAAUCCCUGGAAGUGUAAUAUAUGCGGUGAACAGCUGAACAAUGUCUACGAAUUCAAUGCUCAUUUAUUGAGUAAGAGUCAUCAAUAGCAACCAAUGUCCAAGGAUGUUCAGGCAACAUCUACGACCUUAAGUGAGGCAAAAAGCUCUUUGUAAGUAAUCUCUUUAAGUAAAAGAGAGAGAAAUUUUAGUCAGUGGCUUAGACAGAGAGACAGACAGUGUUAUAGGAAAAAAGAGCCAGAAGAGAGGCAUUUCUUUUUAUGAAGUUUUUAAAUUUUUAUUUUAAUUACAUUUUUAACAAACUAAAACAAAUACUAGUUGUAAGUUGUUCUUUUAACAAACCAACAAAAACAAAAAAUACAUUUAAAAAACAAACAAAAAACAAGUGGGCAAUGGCAAUAUUUUAAGUAAAUUAAUAAAAAAUUUUAAAAAUUUAAUAACAAUUGAAAAAUUAAAAAAAAAUUAACAAAAAACAUUGGAGUGUGAUAGUUAGUCGUUAGAUUUAAAAUUGAGUAAUUUAAACUAAAUUUUUCAGUUAAAAAAAAAAAAGAAAAGCAAGAAAAAUCUAUUUUAAUUUUAAACAAAAAAAAAAAAAAAAAAAAAAACUGCAUGAUAACAAACCAAUAGUUGCACUUAUUUAACUUGAUAGUUAAAAAAAUAAGAAAAAACAAACAAUACAUUUAGUUUAAAAAUACUUUAAAACAAUAAAUUCUAAAUUUAGAACUUUAAGAAAGGACUUUUCUGAGUCCCAAACUAAAAACGAAAUAUUUCCAUUUCUAACUGAACAAAAAGUUUAAUGCAAAUAGAGAAAAAGUUGGAAAAGUGUUGAAAAAAACAUGUGAUAAGUUUUAUAUUGGUUAAAAAAAACUGAUUUAAGCUGGACACAGUGGUUUGUUAAGAGUUUGAUAAAGAUGAAAAUUUAAUUUCAAAUUUCUCCAAAAUUUGAAAAACUUUUUGAAAAUCGAUCGAAAUUUUUUUUAAGCUCAAAGUCAAGAUUAAAAAAAAUCUAUAUAAAAAACCCUCCUGAGUAUAUUAAGCUGUGCUGAAUCCGAAAAUGACCUAAAAACAUGAGGUUUUCAAAUUUAUAUAU